AUGACAGUAACAGCCUUUGAAACGAUAUUCGCAGUGCCCAUGACCUGUCAGUCGUGCAUCAACGACAUCGAGGGUUCCCUACAUCAGUUGAGUGGUAUCAACAAAGUGACUGCCAACCUCAAGGAGCAAUUAGUAUCUGUCGAGGGCACAGCAGCACCGUCGGCCAUUGUAGAGGCGAUUCAAGCUACUGGGCGUGAUGCUGUUCUCCGGGGGUCGGGCAAAUCAGACAGUGCAGCGGUAUGCAUUCUAGAAUCACACGCGCCACAGGUGGAGAACAAGGUUCGCGGCCUGGUGCGCAUGGUGGAAGUUUCUCCUGGUAUGACCAUUGUGGACUUGAGUAUAAGAGGGCUGUCACCUGGAACCUAUCAUGCCACAGUACGUGAGUCGGGAAACAUUUCCGAGGGACCUGAAUCGACUGGUGGGAUUUGGGAACUUGGUCAGUCACAAAAAGAGACCAAGGCUUGUCGAGGCAUCUUUGGAACCGUUCAGGUUGGAAAGGGUGGAGUGGGAUCGGUGUUUCUCGACAAGCCCAUCCACAUCUGGGAAGUGAUUGGGCGCAGCAUCGUGGUUGCGAAAGAGCAGGACGGCAAGUUUGACAAGAACGACGCAGACACGCUAGUUGGGGUCAUUGCACGCAGUGCGGGCGUAUGGGAUAACGACAAGACGGUGUGUUCGUGUUCUGGCAAGACGGUGUGGCAGGAGCGCGAGGAGCAGCGCGAUCGCGGUAUGCUCUGA